AUGGGGGAACGACGGACACACUCCUUCCACAUGACCUGCCACGUUCAGCGAGACUAUGGCAGCAGGCUGGCGAGCUCCUUCAUCAGAUGCAGCCCCAACGGGUACGCCAGCACCAGCCUCAGCCUCUGCAUGGACCCGGACUCGGACGCCGAGCGCAGGGGCUCCGCCGCCUCCGCCGCCGGCGCUGCCGCCCUGCAGCCUCCCGCGCCUGACGCAGGCCACUACUCUCCUGUUUCACUGGAACUAGACCCCACAGCGGUGAAUAAUGGAUCAGGCAUUCCCUGCUGUCCACCAGCGGACACAAAGGACCCGGCGCUGCAGAUCAUACAGAGCGAGCCCUCCGUCACCUCCGUACCGCAGUCGCUCCCUCGUUCGAGCUGGCUGCAUCACCAUCAAAAGGAAUUCCAGAGCCCGUACAUCAAGACUAGCAUGCAGGGGGAUGUUUACAACUUCCUAGAAAGACCUGCUGGAUUGAAAUGCUUCCUCUACCAUUUCCUUGUCUUCCUCAUGGUCCUGGUGUGUCUAAUCUUCAGCGUCCUGUCCACUAUAGAACAAUACGCAGAGUUUGCCACUGGAACCCUCUUCUGGAUGGAGAUCGUGCUGGUGCUGUUCUUUGGCACGGAGUAUGUGGUCCGGCUGUGGUCGGCAGGCUGUCGCAGCAAAUAUGCAGGCAUCAAAGGGCGCCUCCGCUUUAUCAGGAAGCCCAUAUCAAUCAUAGAUUUGAUAGUGGUCAUUGCUUCAAUCAUUGUGCUUGGAGUUGGGUCUAAUGGUCAAGUGUUUGCAACAUCUGCCAUCAGAGGUAUCCGUUUUCUCCAAAUCCUGCGGAUGCUCCACGUGGAUCGACAAGGAGGAACCUGGAGGCUCCUGGGAUCGGUAGUCUUCAUUCAUCGACAGGAGCUGAUCACCACCCUGUACAUUGGCUUCCUGGGCCUGAUCUUCUCCUCCUACUUUGUCUACCUGGCGGAGAAGGAUGCUGUCGACGAGGAGGGCAAGACGGGCUUCUCCAGCUACGCCGAUGCCCUGUGGUGGGGAGUGGUGACGGUCACGACGAUCGGCUAUGGAGACAAAAUUCCUCAGACGUGGAUCGGAAAGGCCAUCGCUUCCUGCUUCAGUGUCUUCGCCAUCUCUUUCUUCGCGCUCCCUGCAGGGAUUCUGGGUUCAGGGUUUGCCCUGAAAGUCCAACAGAAGCAGCGACAGAAGCACUUCAACAGACAGAUCCCUGCUGCCGUCGCCCUCAUCCAGACACUCUGGAGGUGCUAUGCGGCAGAAAAACCGAACGGCUGCGCUGCUACGUGGAAGAUGUACGUCCUGACGCCAGACGCUGUGCGCUCAAGAGAAACUGACAGUCCCACCAUCCGGAAACUCAACAUAUCGAAAAAGGGGACGAAGAGGCGGCUGAAGUCCAGAGGAAACGGCGCUAUGGGCGGAGACCCAGGCCGAGCCGUAUCGAUCCCCCAGAUCACCUACGACCACAUUGACGACUGCGAGGAGAAGAAGGAUGUCUCAUAUUUUAUUGAGCAGCCGGGAGGGACCGUCGAAGGAAUUACGAGGAUGUUCAGACAAGCAGGCCCUCCUCAUCACUCUUGGUCAUCUUUCACUCUGAGCUGCCCUGGCUCUCCAGUCAGGAGAAGUCACGAUAACAGCACGUCGAUCGACAUCUCCCGAGCCAACAGCCUAACGGACGAGCUCGACUACAUGAGUGAGGACAUUCCCAUGCCUGUGCUGAAUGCCAAAACUCAGCUGUCCCAUGCCCAGAGAUCAGCAGUAAAAGUCCUCCGCAGAAUGCAGUACUUUGUGGCCAGGAGGAAAUUUCAGCAAGCACGGAAGCCCUACGAUGUGCGAGACGUGAUCGAGCAGUAUUCCCAGGGUCACCUCAACAUGAUGGUCCGCAUCAAAGAGCUGCAGAGAAGGCUGGAUGGUACUUUGGGAAAACCAGGAAUGUUUCUCCCAGGAAAAGGCGAGGAUAAAGAAUACCCGACGAUCGGCGCUCGAAUGAUCAGACUAGAAGAUAAGAUCUACAAGAUGGACCAGAAAAUGGACUCGAUCCUGCGGAUUCUGAUGGAGCAGUUUCCUCCCAAGCCCGAGCUGACGUCACAACCUUCCAUCCGCAGAGUGACCAUUCAGAAACGCAUGGGCGGCAGCAUCGACGACGGGCCAUGAUGCCGCUGAGAAGACGGCAUCUUCCUAAAGGGACAAUUAAGGGAGCAAGAGUUCAACAAAAGCAGCCUCGGCCUCUGUGUGGAGGCCGGAAAUCAAUAAGAGGACCCAGUCUUCCAUGAAAAACACCCAUUUCUCUUCCUUUUAAGAUUCCAAGUUUUCUUGUUGACCUUUGACCCCUAACAAGAGAACAACUUUUAAUAGUCCAAUUGACACUUGGUUGGGACAUGAGGGUGACGCAACCUCUGAGAGGGAUUGAAGGUGUAGAAACCAGGCUGACUGAGUUCUUCUUUCAGUAGAUUGUUGGCCCCUGAUGUGAGGGCCUCUCUCCCCUCUCAGAAGAGCUUUUUUUUUCUACUGUAGUAUUAAAGGCCCUCCUUCUGUCCCUGCAACACGGCCAGUACAGCCGAAAGAUGCUGCAUAGGUGCGUCUCGCUGCAUUAGCCUCAUACUCACAGCGCUCCGCGGAUGGUUAUUUAUGUGUGGCCUGUCACUGAGCUUCAUUCCUCCGCUCCAAAUAUUAUUCCAAAGUUAACUAACCCCGCAAUGAAGUCAUAAUGCAAUCAGAGCACCCGAGUUCCCCAAAGAUGGAAUAGAA